GCCUUUUGACGUCGCUGGUUCGGGAAAUUCGAGGGAAGAUGCAUGGCAUGCGAGGGCCAAAUCACCUCCCUGCAACUGGCAACGUUGUCUUUUCUUCAUCCCACCUCGACAUCUCGCCCCCUCCUCCCUCCCACUUCGAACUGCCUGUCUUUUCCUGUUCUACGUAUGCGAAUUCACGACCUCGUCCUUUAGCAUUGCAUCCCCCUUCGUCCCAACAAGAAUGGUGGGCCUCAGGACCAUUGAGCGGACGGCGGUAUUCGCGUGGUCGCCAACCUCCCACCUGCCCCUGCUAGCCACCGGCACCAAGGUCGGCGCUCUCAGCGACGACUUCUCCGGCGAGACGAAGCUCGAAUUAUGGGAUUUGGAACUGGAAAAGAAUGAGCGGGACCCGGAGUUGCGGCCACUUGGCACCAUCUCGACCGAUGCCGGCUUCAACGAUAUCGCCUGGAGUGAGCCGGACGAUGACCACCCGCUUGGGGUGAUUGCCGGUGCUCUUGAGAAUGGGUCCAUCGAUCUCUGGGACGCACAGAAGCUGCGUGAUGGGGCCUCGGACGCCUUCAUCUCACGCACCACCAAGCACUCCGGCGCGGCGAAGGCAUUACAAUGGAACCCAUACCGACACAACCUCCUCGCCUCCGCGGGCUCGAAGGGCGAGAUCUUCAUCUACGACCUCAACAACAUGUCCAAUCCCUUCCGUCUCGGCGGCACCGCAGCAAGAGCAGAUGAUUUUGAGUGUUUGGAUUGGAACAAGUCGGAGAAGACCGCGCACAUUCUCGCCACGGGAAGCAGUGGAGGCUUCGUUACGGUGUGGGAUGUGAAGCAGAAGAAGGACAUCUUGACUCUGCACAACCAGGGCCGCCGUGCGGUGAGUGCGGUUGCAUGGGACCCGGAGCAAAGCACCAAGCUGGCCACUGCAACUUCCAAUGAUACGGAACCAUUGAUCCUGAUUUGGAGCCUGCGCAAUGCCAGCGCUCCCGAACAGACAUUGAAGGGCCACGAACUGGGAGUACUUGGUCUCUCAUGGUGCUUCCAAGAUCCUGAGCUGCUCUUGUCAUGCGGCAAAGACAACAGGACCAUCUGCUGGAACUCCAAGACUGGCGAGCGUUACGGCGACUUUGCUGCGGGAUCCAACUGGGCUUUCCAGUCAUCUUGGAACCCGCACAAUCCCAGCCUUAUCGCGAGUGCGUCUUUCGACGGCAAGAUCCUCAUCACCUCCAUCCAGAGCACGAACUCCAAGUCUGAAGACCAGAGCCACACGAGCCAGGCGCUUGAUGGAGAGGACUUCUUCGCGAAAGCACAAAAUCAGCCACAGGGCAUUUCAUUCUCGAUUUCAAAAACACCCAAGUGGAAUGCGCGACCGGCCGGCGCGGUGUUUGGGUUUGGUGGCAAGAUUGUGAUAACGACUGUCGAUGCAUCUAAGAAGAGCAAAGUCUCGAUCCAGACGUUUUCGGCGGAUAGGUCGAUAGGCGAGUCCGCGGAGAAGUUUGAAGAGAAAUUGAAAGCCGGGGAUACCGCCGGAAUCUGCUCCAGCAAGAUCGACGAUGCGAAAACGGACGAGGAGAAGGCAGAUUGGCAAGUGAUCGAAACAUUGAGCACCGACAAGUCACGAAAGAAAUUACGCGAGUAUCUUGGCUUCGGAGACAAAACGGACAGUGAGCUUAGUGAGAAGGCCAGCGGGCUUGACAUCAACGGCGAUGCACCAGAGAAGGCUGAGACGAAUGGCGAUGCCGAUGACUUUUUCGGCAAUGGUGAAGACAGCGACAACUUCCUCGCCAACCUCGCCUCUACCAAGGGUGCCAAGACGAACAAUCCUUUUGCGCUAUACACUGGCUCAGAGUCCGAUGCGGAUAAGGAGAUUACUCGAACUCUCAUGCUUGGCCAAUUCGAAGCCGCGCUGGACGUGUGUUUGAAGGAAAAGCGCAUCUCGGACGCGUUCAUGAUUGCAGUCUGCGGCGGCCAGAAGUGUAUCGACAAGGCCCAGAAUGCGUAUCUCAAGAUGAACACCGACAACCCUCCCAACUACCUCCGCCUUCUUGCAAGUAUUGUUGGAAAGAAUCUCUGGGACGUGGUCCACAAUGCAGAAUUGAAAAACUGGAAGGACGUCAUGGCGACGCUCUGCACGUAUGCUGACGAGACCGAGUUUGCGGAUCUGUGCGAAGCGCUGGGCGAUCGGCUGGAAGAGUCAUUCCAGGCGAGUCCAGAAGACAAGGCCUUACGAAGGGACGCAUCGUUUUGUUAUCUCGCGGGCUCGAAGUUGGAGAAAGUCGUAACCAACUGGAUUCAGGAGCUGGGCGAGCAGGAAAAGUCGCGUCUGGCCUCGCAAGAGGAAGGGAACAACUUCACCGUGCACGCGCAGUGCCUGCAGGACUUCAUCGAGAAAGUGUCGGUGUUCCGCAAAGUGACGAACUUUCGGGACGCAGAAUUGGAAAGCGCAGGAGAUUGGAAGCUGGCUCCUCUCUAUCAGUUGUAUACUGAAUUCGCGGACAUUCUGACUGCUCAAGGCCAGUUGGCCAGCGCUGAGCAGUACCUUGCUCUGCUUCCGAGCAAAUACGACGGAGCGGAGACCGCGCAGUCGAGAGUCAGACAGGCGUUGCGGAAGACUCCCGCUGCGGCAACGACGUCGCAGCAGAGACAGGCGGCUGGUGCUCGCACCGCUGGGAGACCUUCGGCAAUGGCACAAAAUGCUGCGAUUACAACGCCACAACCGCUCAUCAACCAGGCGCGAAACGCAGCUCCGAGCCCCUACGCGCCUCCAAAUCAACCCGCGCCGAUUCCUGGUGCUCAAACGCCGUUCUCGCCGACAUCAGCACCUAUCCAGAACCAAUACGCACCGCCGACAAAUUCAUAUGCUCCAGCCGGCUAUCAACCUCCACAGGCCGCAGCACCAUAUGGCCAGCCCUCUCCCUACGGUGGCUAUCAGCCUCCCCAACAACAGGCUCCUCUCCCCCCUCCACCAAGGAUGGGCGCAUCUUCGCCGGCCGUGGCGCCGGCUUCGGCUGCAAAGAGUAUGACCAACUGGAACGACAUGCCCGAGAACUUCCUCAAGGACAAGCCAAACUCGCGACGAGGCACGCCUGGGCCACAGGCGGUCACUUCACCUUUCCCGAACGCCCAACCGCCACUUGCUGCACCACCCCAGCCUUUCGCACCCCCCAUGAGUGCGCAGCGAAUGUCUUCCCCUCUCCCACCUCCGCCAAAGGCUGGUGAAGCGCCGCCCAGAAUCACCUCGCCACUGAGCCCUAACGCCGCAUCGCAAACUCUCGGCUAUCCUCCCUCGAGCUCUGCAGCGAACGCUUAUGCGCCGUCACAGUUUCCCGCCGCUUCGGGUUUUCCUGCACCAACCCCUCCUCCAGUUGCCCGCGGAGCAUCGCCUUACCAACCACCGCCGUCAACAUCGACAGCGGCUCCCACAAACCGCUACGCGCCUGCUCCCGGAAGCCAACCGUCCGUAGGUCCUGGAGGCAAGCCGCCGCUGAGACACGUGGCUCCGAACCCGUAUGCCGCACAGCAGCCGCAGCAACCUCCGUACUCCCCCCAGCAGACGCCGUACGGUCAGCCGCCGCUGCAGCAAGCACAACCCGCGGCGCCGCCUCCACCACGCGCCGGUCCACCACCACAAGGACCUCCUCGAACGCAGUCCUCCUCGACGCCCGUUGCGCAGCCACCACCUCAAGGCCCACCUCGCAGCAUGGUUGCAUCCCCACCGCAGGGAUUCGCGCCGCCCCCUCAAGCGGCAGCGCCGCCACCAGCCUCCACCACUCCGAAACCCAAAUACCCCCGCGGCGACCGUAGCCAUAUCCCGGCGUCGGCGCAGCCCAUCGUUGACGCACUCACGCCCGCCAUCGCAUCUCUCAAGGCGGUUGCGCCGGCGCAGUACAAGCCGCAGGUGGACGAUAUGGAAAAGCGCAUCAACAUCCUGUUUGACCACCUGAACAACGAAGACUUGCUGACUGAGGAGACGGUGGGGCAAGUGCGGAGCAUUUCUGCUGCGAUUCAGGGGAGGGAGUGGGACGUUGCGUUGAAGGAGUUUAAUGAUAUGCAGGCUGCGAAAGGGGAUGAGGGAAGGGAUUGGAUGGUUGGAGUCAAGAGAUUGAUCAACAUGGGUAAGGUGUCGAAGAUUUGAUGAUGAUGAUGAUGGAAUGAGUUGGCUCGAGGGCACGAAUAGAGAAGAAAUGAAAUGACUUUUGUGCUCGAGCUUGACAACCUUACCUACACGCGACACAAAAUGAAUUGGCGAAACGAUCUGCUUACCCAAAGUAUCGUCACGUGCAGCAAGCUUUUGACACUGCGGGGGAGCCCUGUUGGAACUGAGGCUGGGGUCCCCGCACUGGCAACUAC